UCAUCUCUACCUACCUCUAUUCCUAUAUCCAAGAAUAUAAACUUGUGUAUAAUCAGCCAUUCAGCAUUAAGCAGUGGUCAAUGCUGUGAUUUAUCAACUAUUCACGUGGCAACCCCCUUCUUCUUCAUCUCCUAUUCUCUCUCUCUCUCUUUUUCUUUCUAUUCUAUACUUUUCAUCUCAGAAAUUUUAAAAACAGAUUAUAAUGGAGAUUUUGAUUCAAAGAAACCAACUGAUUUCCGCUGGGUUGAGUGUUGAAGAAGCCGACAUCUUUUAUGAGACCCUUCAACAUAUAAUAUCCAGUGCUGAUGUCACCCGUGCUCCGGCUGAGGUGUGGCGUGAAGUGGUCGCCAGAAAGCUGCUUAAACCCCAACACCCUCACUCUCUUCAUCUCUUCCUCUUCAACACGCUCUACUCUCAUUGGGACUCUUCUGUCCUCGGUCCUCCUCUUUACUGGUUCCCUUCCCCUAUUGUUUCUUCGGAUUUAGUUGUCGCAUUAUUAAUUCAAAUUACGCUAUCUGAUUUACUUGGCAGGUAUGAAUCUUGCUAUACAAAUUUGGGUCGUUUGAUGGAAGCUCAUUGUCCUAGGCUAUUGGGGAAGUCAUACCAGGAUCCUAUUACUAGUUUUUCCACCUUUCAAAAGUUCACUGUUGAUAAUCCUGAGAUUUAUUGGUCCUUGGUUCUAAAGGAACUUUCAAUUUGGUUUCGUCAACCGCCAAGGCGUAUACUUGAUGAUACAGACAACUCGAAACCCGGUGGAGUGUGGUUUCCCGGUGCUGUUCUUAAUAUAGCCGAGUGUUGUUUGUUACCUAUAAGUCAUCCUAGGAAAAUGGAUAGCAGUGUGGCUAUUGUAUGGAGAGCUGAAGUAGCUGAUCAUUUGCCUGUUCAGCAAUUGACUUUGAAACAACUACGAGAACAAGUAAUGUUGGUUGCUAAUGCUUUGGAUGCUACUUUUGCUAAGGGUGAUGUCAUUGCAAUUGAUAUGCAAAUGACUCCUGAUGCAGUGAUCAUAUAUCUGGCAAUAAUUCUGUCAGGUCGUAUUGUUGUAUCAAUUGCUGAUAGUUUUGCUGCAAAGGAAAUUGCUACUCGUUUGCGUAUUUCCAAAGCUAAGGGUAUCUUUACUCAGGAUUAUAUCUUAAGAGGAGGUCGAAGAUUUCCUCUAUAUAGCCGAGUUUUGGAAGCUUCUCCAUGCAUUGCUAUUGUGGUCCCAGCUGUGGAGGAAUCUGUAGAUGUGUCAUUAAGGAAACAGGACAUAUUGUGGAAAGAUUUUCUAGCGCGAGGGGGCCAGACCACGAGACCUCACGAAUACUCCCCAGUGUACCAACCAGUGGAUUCUAUAACCCACAUACUCUUCUCAUCUGGGACAACUGGGGAUCCAAAGGCCGUACCUUGGACUCAGCUAUCUCCAAUCCGAGCUGCUGCUGAUUCAUGGGCACACUCAGAUGUUCAAGUUGGAGAUGUCAUGUGCUGGCCGACAAAUUUAGGAUGGGUGGUGGGACCUAUAUUGCUCUAUGGAUGCUUUUUGAGCGGUGCAACUCUUGCUCUAUAUCAUGGAUCACCUCUUGGGCGGGGUUUUGGAAAAUUUGUUCAGGAUGCUAGGGUUACUUUAUUGGGAACUGUGCCAAGUCUUGUGAAGACUUGGAGAAAUACACAUUGUAUGGAUGGUCUAGAUUGGACAAGAAUAAGAGCAUUUGCUUCCUCUGGAGAAGCCUCCAAUGUAGAUGAUGACCUUUGGCUUUCAUCAAGGGCUUAUUAUAAACCAGUCAUUGAAUGUUGUGGAGGCACAGAGCUAGCAGGAAGUUAUGUUCAAGGCAGUCUGCUGCAACCGCAAGCCUUUGGGACAUUCAGUACUCCAACAAUGUCCACAGGAUUUGUGAUCCUUGAUGAUUGUGGCAAUCCUUAUCCAGAUGAUCAAUCAUGUGAAGGUGAAGUGGCUUUAUUUCCUUUGCUUCCAGGAGCAACAGACAGAUUAUUGAAUGCUGAUCAUAAUGAGGUGUAUUUCAAGGGAAUGCCUCUAUACAAAGGAAUGCACCUCAGGAGACAUGGAGAUAUUGUUAAGAGAAGUGUUGGAGGGUACUUUGUUGUACAGGGCAGGGCUGAUGAUACCAUGAAUCUUGGUGGUAUCAAGACAAGUUCUGUUGAAAUUGAGAGGGCAUGCAACCAGGCUGAUGACAGGGUGUUGGAGACUGCAGCAGUUGGUGCUGCUCCACCACAAGGUGGUCCUGAACUGCUGGUUGUAUGUGUGGUUCUAAAGGACGGAAUCAAUGCUGAUCCAGAAAAGCUAAGGAUACAGUUCUCAAAAGCAAUUCAGCGUAGCCUUAAUCCUCUUUUUAAGGUGAGCUUGGUGAAAAUUCUUCCGGAGUUUCCACGAACUGUCACAAACAAAUUACUGAGGCGAGUAUUGAGAGAACAAGUGAAGCAAGAUUUAUCAGUAAGAAGCCGGAUUUGAAGUAAUGAGCUGUGCUUGCUUUGCAUUUCAGUAAGUAUAUAUGUCCCUCCACCAUGAUGGUAUAAAAUAUAGAUAAGUGUUGGAUCGGAAAAUGUAUACUGGUAUAGGAAAUCAGUGUUUGAUUAAGUAGUUCAGCAAUGCAACAUGUUAUUGCUCUUUACUGCAACAGAAUAAUGAUGUCAUAUAUGUUUAUUUAAAAUCGUGCAAUUAUUGAAUAAGAGAAAGCAGUGUUUGCUUAU